AUGUCGAACCAGGGUCUGGGACCGCCGGGCACGGGGACGUAUGCCUCCAACGUCCUCAAUGUUGGAGAUGGAACAUGGGACUCGCAGCGCAAUACUUUCCUGCUGCCCAAUUUGAUGGGUCUCAAUAUUGAAGCCAUGCAAUAUAAUGGGAUGGGGAAUCGAUUUAGGAACCUUCCGGGUUACCAUUCUCUUAUACAGGCGCACGGAAUCAUCGCAGCAAUAACGUUCCUUGGCCUGGUGCCGAUUUCUAUCCUCCUUGCUCGAUUCUACUCGCGAAGUCCCUACUGGGCCCUCCGGCUACAUAUAUGGAUGCAGAUACUCACCCUCUUCCUGACCACCGUGGUUUUUAUACUGGGCUGGUUUGCGGUGGGGCCAAAGAGAAGUCUGACCAACCCCCACCACGGCAUUGGGCUGGCGAUAUAUGUGAUGGUGAUUGCUCAGACUUUCUGGGGAUGGUUUAUACAUGGUCGAUUGAAGGGGAAGCGACAGCCGCAUCUUCCUCUAAAGUUAAUGUUGCAUCACUGGCUUGGAAGAGCUCUGGCGUUACUUGGUAUCGCGCAGAUUCCGCUAGGGUUAACGCUCUAUGGUUCACCACUUUCGCUCUUCAUUCUCUUUGCCCUAGCUGCAUUCGCCCUAGCCCUUACUUAUUUCAUCCUCACCUAUCUUCACGAACGGCGGAUGGGCGCAGGAUAUGAUCCCCGAGGACAUUACUCUGGCCCAGAAGUUAUUGAUGACGACCAUAGUCAUGGGAAUUUUGGCCGUCUGGCAGCUGCAGGCGCUGCGGGCGCUGGGCUGGCCAUGCUAGGUGGUCGGUUACGUGGACGAGAACGGAGUCGAAGCGGGAGCAGAAGCAGGAGUAGAAGCAGAAGCGAUAGUCGGAGCGGAAGUCGUGACUCGCAGAGAACACCUUAUAUCAAUGAAAAAGAAUCAAACCAUGGCGGGUGGGGGAAAAAAUUGCUCGGAAUUGGUGCACUUGCAGGAGUGGCUGGUCUGGCGAAGAAAGUAUUUGAUAAACGCCGUGACCGUGAUGAUGACUCCGAGUCUGGUCAUUAUCACCCCGCGCACACUGUUACUGAAAGCUAUUCCGAUUCCUUGAGUCGUGUGGAAGAAGGAAGACCACCGCCUCCGCCAGCACAUAGGCGCCAUGGUCCUUACCACGGGGCCCCAAGCGAAGAUCAUACCACUGGCUAUACGGAGAGCGAUUACACCCGUACCGAUGACUCUAGAUACGGUGGCCACCCUGUACGCAAUGCUCUUCUCGGAGCAGGCGCAUUUGCUGCUGUGAAAAGCUUCUUCAGCAGAGGCAAAUCAAAGGAAGACCGUCGAGUCGAGGAGAUAAGACAGGAAGACCUUGCAAAUGAGCGAAUUGCCCGAGCCAACAGUAAAAGGAAACAGGGAGACAGACGCUAUGCAAGACCACACUCCCCAACCAGCGAACUCACAACAUCUGAAGCCGUUGCUGGACCGUCAGGCACUACUGGACGCCCGCUUCCACCAGCUGCCUCAUCAAUAACAGAUAUGGACUCUAGCCCUGGACGCAAACAUCGCGGCCACCGCCGAUACCCAUCUACACUAGGUGCAGGAACUGCCGUCGCGGCCGCUGAAGCCGCUGGAUCUUCAGGCCACAGGAGGCGAAGCGGUAAUCGUGAAGAAGCAUACGACUCUCCGAAGGUCACUAUAAGAGUUAAGCCUGAAGGCCGACGGGUAACACUACGCCAGCUAACCAAAGAAGAAAAACGAGCAGACCGUGAGACUCGUCGUGGUCACCGCCGUCAAGGAACAGAAGGCUCUUUCUCAGACGGAGAUGAACACUGGCGCAGGGUCGAGGAGCGUGAACGACAACAGGCACAGUCACUGGCUCCUUCGCAGUCACAAGCACCAGCGCAAUCACAAGCACCGUCCCACUCUCAUGUACCAUCUCACUCGCAAGUACCUUCUCAUUCGCAAGUACCAGACUCACGAAUUGAGCCACCAUUAUCUGCAAUAGCCCAGUCUGUAGGUCCGCCUGCUGACUCCAUUGCCGCUCUAUCAUCAAUACCCGCUCCACCGCCUCCGAUACCCAUCAGCCAUGCUGGACUCCAUUCACCUGGGACCGUAAGCACAGAUAUAAGCGGUAGCUACGCCAGCAGAAGCGGUCGACGGCGCGCGGAACGACGAAUUGCCAAAAGCCAACGCCAACAUAGUGUCGAUUGGACAUGA